AUGGAUACCAUACUGAAAAAGAAUGCAUUUAGCAACUUGUUAAAUGAAAAGGAUGAGCAAAGGAACACACCGCUCCAUCACAUUGCCAUUUCACUUAAUAAACACCGGCUUCAUGAUCUCAUUCAUCACCCCAGGGUGGAUAAGAUGGCAUUCAACAAAGAUAACCAAAAUGCCCUCGACCUUGCUUCCGCUACUAAAACUUUUGCGGUGAGAAAGAACCGUUUUAAAACAUGCUUGCAAAAACAUGGUCUGAGGUUGGACAUUCGAAUCUGCACUCAUUUAAAUGAUGAAGAAGAAGAAGAUGAAGAAAAUAAAAAGGACGUUUCUUCUAUAAGUAAGUUUGAAAAAGCUACAGAUGCUAAUUUAAUUGUGGCUACACUGAUUGCCACAGUAACUUUUACAGCGGGUUUUACUGUACCGGGAGGUUUUUUCAGUGAGAAAGGGACAUUACAAGGCACUCCAAUACUUGGAAAUAGCCUGGCAUUCAAGACAUUUAUGAUAAUGGAUACCAUAGCCAUGGUCCUCUCUAGUUCUGUUGUUUUUAUUCACCUCUUUCUGAGAACCACAGCAGACAAGUCGCGGUUAUCAUCGCACUUUGUAACAGCCUUUCUUCUCACCAGCUUGGCCAUGGCAGCAAUGGUGGUUGCAUUUGUUACGGCCACUUAUGCAAUAUUAGGCUAUUCCAAGGCACUUUCUGUUGUUACUUGUGUCAUGGGAUUGUCUUUCUUCAUUUUAUUUUACUGA